AUGGAGAUCGAUAGUGCAAGAGUGUUACAGCACAUUCGGUGUUUGCAUGAGAAACACGACUGUAAAGAGUUGGAACAGUUUUGUAGGUUAAGUUUUCUCAGUUCGUCACGAAUGGACGAAAUCUGUACGGUUUUGGGUGAACUGCUGGAAAAUUCACGGUACACAGAGGAGAUUGGGCGCCGGUUCGCAAACAUCCUACUGAUCAUCGUGACCAACGUGUUCGAAGAGGAACCGAGGGCGGCCUCUCGAACGAGUGUAGCGUAUUGGGAAAAGUAUCGAAGAAAAUGUAUCGCGCUAUCGAAACUGAUCGGGUUCUGUCCGGAUGUUUUGAGGUAUUCCAUGCAAUACUUUCGCAACCAUCCAGCCCCGUUCGCUGGCGAGACAGAACAAACCGAUUAUAGGCCGAAACAGAAGCAGCUACGAAAGGAAGCUUCGGCACUCGUCGGCUCCGGUCCGGAUGGCGAUUUGGAGCUAGUGCGUUGCUGUUACCGCUUUUUACUGGCCGAUCCAGUGCACUUCCGUGACGCGUGGGAUUGGUCAGCAUUUUGCGAUCUGUUCGACAGCAAAAAUUGCCCCCGGAAACGGUACUACUGGAACCGGAUCGUAGCGGCAGUGACCGGUAUGGGACAGAGUGAAUUGAAUGCACUCGACGCGGGCAUACCGGUGGAGGUGUUACUGGAGGAGGGCGAUCGAUCGCAACCGAGCGUGGAAGGUGAAGAACCCGAUCCCUCGGCAGGUGGUGGCAAAAUUGUGUGGCAAUACGCCAGCAAAAUCAUAACCAACAUCGGCGAUGUGCUGUUGCCGAUUUUCGAUCGUGAGAAUUACCAGUACUGGCAAAGUGCCGGCGAUAGCCAGAAGCUGUCGGAAUCGGAGCUCGUGGUAAGCCUAAACUCAACGAAGCUUAAUCUGCGCUCGCUUGCGCUGGGUGUUUCGUCCGGGAAAGCCAUCUGCCUCUCGGGCCCGGUUGGGUGUGGAAAGACGUCGUUGGUGGAGUAUCUGGCCAAAGCUACCGGACGCACGCCUCCGAAGGGUGAUGCUCAGCGGAAACGGGUAGCACUGAAACUGAAAGCGGAACAGCAGCAGAAGCGAAAGCUCAACAACGGAGCGGCCGGUGCGCCAACGGAGACGUUCGAUGAUAGCCUGGAGGAGAUCAGGCAAUCUGUGACCAAAAAUGGAUUCCUGCGAAUACAGCUUGGCGAUCAAACGGACAGCAAAACUUUGCUGGGCCAGUACCGUUGCACCGACACGCCCGGCGAGUUUGUGUGGCAACCGGGCGUACUAACGCAGGCCGUUAUGUACGGGUACUGGCUGGUGUUGGAGGACUUGGAUUCCGCCACCCAGGACGUUUGCACGGUGCUUACCAAUUUGCUCGAAAACAACUACCUCAGCGUUCCGGGCUUUCGUGACUGUCUCCGGAUCGCACCCGGCUUUCAACUGUUCCUCACGUUGCGUGCCGGGACGAAAAUAACCGCUUCGUUGGCUCACGGCACCAGCACGUACGGUCUGCUGGAGAAGUAUCUGUACACCGUUAACAUCGUGCCGUUGUCACGCCGCGAGUUGUGUGACAUUAUUUGCAUCCGCUUCCCGAAGCUGCGAACCGUAGCGACACGAAUUGUGGACAUAUAUCUGACCUUCUCCAGCGGAUGCCAUUCUGGGGAGGAGGACGAGAGUUUUACCGACGAACAGUUGGCCAUGCUGGAGUCCGGAAAGAAUGAGGCGACGACAAACGGCGGCGGCGGCGGCGGAUCGGUAGCCGUCGAUGUGUUGCCAAAGUUCCAAGACGAAAGCACCGAAUCGUCGCUGCCGAGCGCCGGGUCCAACCGACGGUUGGUAUCGACGCGUGACCUAAUCAAACUGUGCAGCCGUUCGGAUCCCGCCUUUUCGGCCACCAGCACCGAGUGUGCGUUCUUCGUGUUUCAGAACGCGGUUGAUGUGUUCUGCUCGCAUCUGUCCCACGGGGCUGCUCGCACUCGGCUAAUCACCGGCAUCGGUGGUAAGAUCGGCAUCCUGCCGAGCCGUUGCGAGCACCUCUGUUCGGACUACAAACCGAUGGUCGAUCUGAACGUGGGCAGCGAGAUACGCGUUGGGCGCGUCGUGUUGAAGCGAACCAUUUCGUCGGAAGAAAAUACGGAAAAUGGCAUCCCGCACGACGGCGACGACGAUGGCGAGCGAGAGUUUACCCACAAACGCCAGAAACUCGAUCGCACGGCUUCGUCUCGCGUAAAGGCCGUCCAGCAUCGGGCCGGAUACGAUGAGCCGGCGCCAACCUUUUCGUUCACCCGUCCGGCGGCAUGUCUUUUGGAGCGAAUUGCGGUCGCGGUGUCCCAAAACGAGCCCGUGCUGCUGGUGGGUGAAACGGGCGUCGGUAAGACCAGCUCGGUUCAGUAUCUGGCCUACCAGACGCACCACAAGCUGGUGGUAGUCAAUAUGAACAAUCAAUCGGACGUGUCGGAUCUGAUCGGAGGCUACAAACCGGUCGAUCUGGCGUUCGUCGUCACACCGUUGCGCUACGAGUUUGAGCGACUCUUCCGGCGAUCGUUCAAUGCACAGAAGAAUGAAAAGUUUCUAUCGAACGUGGCCCGCUGUUACGGUGCCGGACAGUACGAUGUGCUGGUCAAGUUGAUGCUGAAAAUUUGCGAAAAAGCCACGACAAAGACGCCGGAAGCUGGCGAUGAAGCGGAUCGGCUGAAAUGGGGAGCGUUGCAGGGAAAGCUUCGCAAGUUGGACACUCAACUGCAGAACUCGAUCAACGUAUCGUUUGCAUUCAUCCCGGGCUCGCUGGUAAACUGUAUCCGCAACGGCGACUGGGUGCUGCUGGACGAGAUUAACCUUGCGUCGACGGAAACGCUCGAGUGUCUGUCGACGAUCCUCGAACCGGAUGGUUCGAUCGUGCUGCUCGAGCGCGGUGACUUUGUGCCGGUCAAGCGUCAUCCCAACUUUCGCAUCUUUGCCUGCAUGAACCCGAGCACGGACGUUGGCAAGAAGGAUCUGCCAGUUGGCAUCCGGAACCGGUUUACCGAGUACUUCGUGGACGAGCUGCUGGCCGAAAACGAUCUGCUGAUUCUCGUGAACGAUUACCUCUCCGCGACCGGCAUCCCGAAGGCGCGCAUCAUGAACACCGUGAAGCUGUACCGGCGGCUGCGAUCGAUGGCGCAGCUCGAGCUGAACGAUGGGCUGGGCAAUAGGCCCGUCUUUUCGCUGCGUACCCUGUGCCGUGCGCUCGCGAUCUGCGGCAAAAGCUUGUGCGGUUCCAUCGAGCGCAAUCUGUUCGAAGCGUUCUGCAUUAGCUUUCUGACGCAGCUGGAUCUAAAGUCGCACGCCACCGUGCUGCAGUGCAUCCGCAGAACGUUACUCGGGCGAGAGGACGCAAGCGAAACGGUCAAACAACCGCCGAUACCACGGCCCAAGCUGAACGCCGAACGGCAACUUAACUUCGAGGGCUAUUGGAUCGAGCAGGGGUCGCGGGAGGUGCAGGAGUGCGAAAGUUACAUCCUGACCGAUAGCGUGCGGAACAAUUUGCGCGAUUUGGCACGAAUCAUCUCGAUCGGUCGGCUGCCGGUGCUGCUGCAGGGACCAACGUCGGCCGGAAAGACCAGCUUGAUCGAGUACAUUGCGAAACGAAGUGGAAACGUGUGCGUGAGGAUCAACAAUCACGAGCACACGGAUCUGCAGGAGUACAUCGGGACGUACGUGGCCGACGUGACGGGUAAGCUCACGUUCCGGGAGGGCGUGCUGGUGGAGGCAAUGCGCAACGGACACUGGAUCAUCCUGGAUGAGCUGAACCUGGCGCCGAGCGACAUCCUGGAGGCGUUGAACCGCGUGCUGGACGACAACCGGGAGCUGUACAUUCCGGAAACGCAAACGGUCGUGAAGGCGCACCGUAACUUCAUGCUGUUUGCCACCCAAAACCCACCCGGACUGUACGGCGGGCGCAAGAUGUUGUCACGGGCAUUUAAAAAUCGGUUCAUCGAGCUGCACUUCUCCGACAUUCCGAAGCCGGAGCUGGAAGUGAUCCUCGAACGGCGCUGCCACAUUCCGCGCUCGUACGCCGUGAAGAUGGUGAAGGUAAUGUCCGAUUUGCAGCUGAAUCGGCGCAGCACGACGACGAAGCAAAACUUUACGCUACGUGAUCUGUUUCGCUGGGGCAACCGGUACACGUACGCCGAUCCGAAGCUGCUGGAGGAUCGCGGCUACGACUGGAACCAGCACCUGAUCGACGAGGGCUACCUGGUGCUGUCGUCGAAGGUGCGGCACGCGUACGAAACGGAAAUCAUCCGCGAAGCCCUGUUUACGCACUUCCGCAAGCACGUCGAGGAGGACCGUUUGUUUAGCUGCUCGGACCGUACGUCGAAAGUUACGCGGUCAAUACUGGAGAAGCUGACGGGGGAAGCGGCGGCCCCGGCUGAAAGGUCCAUCGUGUGGACGUUCGAUAUGCGCCGAAUGGCGGUCCUUACGGCUAAAGCGCUGCAGUUCAACGAACCCGUGCUGCUGGUCGGACCGACCGGUUGUGGCAAAACGACCGUGUGCCAACUGUUGGCCUCGCAGGAGCGCAAGACGCUACGCAUUCUGAACUGUCACAUGCACACGGAGGGUGCCGAUUUCUUGGGCGGUCUGCGGCCCUACCGCUCGUCCGACGAGCAACCGAACGAGCCACGCAAACUGUUCGAGUGGUCCGACGGACCGUUGGUACUGUCGAUGCAGGAGGGAGGCUUUUUCCUGGCCGACGAAAUUUCCCUCGCCGAAGAUUCGGUUCUCGAGCGCCUGAACUGUGUCCUCGAACCCGAACGUACGCUUUUGUUGGCCGAAAAGGGAGGCGUUGGGGAGAAGGACGAUGGGUUUGUCAUCACCGCCGAAGGCGGGUUCCAGUUUUUGGCCACCAUGAAUCCGGGCGGUGACUUUGGUAAGAAGGAACUAUCGCCCGCCCUGCGUAACCGGCAGACGGAAAUUUGGUGCCGAGCGACCGAUGCCGAGGACGAUUUGACGCGUAUCGCCGAAAGUACGCUGCGUCGCGCCGUCACCGACGACACCGAGUGGCAGGUGGCCGCCGGUGGGCCGACUUUCGGGGAUACGGCCCGAGUGAUCAUCAAAAUGGUGGCCCAGUUGAAGCGUACGAUCGAGAAGCUCAACUUCAGCAUCCGUGAUGUGCUGGCGUGGGUCGGAUUCGUGGCAAAGAAUUGUCCACGGGUCGGGCUUCCGGAGUCACUGAUAUACGGGCUGGAGACGGUGUUCCUGGAUUCGCUCGAGAUGUUACCGUACGAAACGUACGAUGAGAUUGUGACCAUCCGUCGGCAGAUGAGACGCUCGUUGAUGGCGCUCAUGAAGCAACAGCUGCGAUGGAACGGAGAGAUCGGCACGAUCGAUUUGGAUCGGUCGCGGACGGAAGCGGCGGUGAUCGAGCGGCAGGAAACGCGAUUUGGAAUUCACCCGUUCUACAUCGAGGCAUCACCGGCGACCGGACACGAGAGGACAGAUUUUAUGUUUACCGCACCGACGACGCAGCGCAAUCUGUUCCGUCUGCUGUCGGCGCUCAGUCUCGAGAAAGCAAUCCUACUCGAGGGUCCACCCGGGGUCGGUAAAACAUCCCUCAUUGAGUCCGUUGCGCACACGAUCGGGUACGAUUUUGUGCGAAUCAAUUUGUGUGAACAUACCGAUCUGGCCGAUCUGUUUGGGACCGACUUGCCGGCCGAUGAUCGAUCACUCGAAGUGACGGGCGGCAACGACGAUAUUGAGAUGGCUAAUGGGAGUGGAACACGGCCAACGCUUGGAUCGUUUAUGUGGCGCGAUGGGCCUCUGCUGGCCGCGUUGAAAGCUCGGCGCCAUACCUGGAUCUUGCUCGAUGAGCUGAAUCUGGCACCGCAGAGCGUGCUGGAGGGUCUCAAUGCGAUCCUCGAUCAUCGUGGUGAGGUGUACAUCGCGGAGCUGAACAAAACGUUCCAUCUAGGCAAACGGACACGUAUCUUUGCCGCCCAGAACCCGCUUCGUCAGGGCGGUGGUAGGAAGGGAUUGCCACAGUCGUUCCUGAACCGUUUCACGAAAGUGUACCUACGGAGAUUGGAGCGCCGCGAUUUGCUGCACGUUGUCGAGGGGCGGCACGGUGCUCAGUUCGAUGCGCUAGGCCAGAAGAUGGUGGGGAGUGUCCCAGACCGAGCGGGAAGCUAUUUCGAGCACCGUGGGUCCACUCGGUUCGACUUGGCCGAGCGGAUGGUACAGUUUUCGGAACGCUUGGAGCACGGCCUAACGAACCUGGAGUUUGGUUAUAAAGGUGGACCGUUUGAGGCGAACCUGCGGGAUAUUCUGCGCUGGUGCGAGUUGCUGUUUAGCGAAAGUUGUGGCUACAUCGUGAAUGCGAGCGAAAGCGAACUACAGAGGCACGAUCUUCUGGUGGUUUUGUUCGAGAAGAUGAAACUCGUCUACCAGCAACGGAUGCGCACCGAGCUUGACAAACGCUACAUCGUGACCGUGUUUUCCGAGGUGUUUCACUGCGAUGGACACGAAUUGGAUCGGAUCUCGCAGGAUGUGGGAAUGUACUGGACGGACGAUCGGAUCUAUCUGGGUGAUGUCGUCCUCGAGAAGUCGUCGGGUGCCGGAAACGGUAUCGAUGAAUUUUCCUCGCCCCAACAAUCGAACGGUGUCGGAUCCACUUUGGUGCUCGCGAGUCAACUGGAACUGCUAAAGAGUGUGACAGAGUGCGCAAAGCUGGAGAAACCGGUGAUCCUGUGCGGGCCAAGUGAUUGUGGUAAAACGAAACUUAUCAACCUGCACGCUACGCUAGCGAAUGUGCUCUGCCAGGUAGACACGAUCGACGAUUCGGUUACCGGUAGCUUUCAACAGUUCGACUUCAAUCGCCACCUGGAGGAGGUGGCCUCGCUGGUGGAGGCAAUGUUGCGUCGGUCAGCAAAGAAUUCAGUUCUGCGGCAGACGGACAAAGCGAGCAAAGGAUCGUUGUUUCUUCUGCUCCAGUCUUGGGAGAAAUACGAACGUUUAAGUGAGGGAUCUGGCGCUUUCAGCAGCAGCACCAGUGAGCUAUCGAGCGAAAUGAUCACCUUCCGCAAGCGCCUGGCGGCACUACAGAACGUGAUCGCUACCCUCCAGAGUGUCGGUCAACUACAGGCCGCCUGUGAUGGCCAGCGUCUGGGUGGAAUGCUUAGGGUGCUGAACAAACUCGACCUUCUUUCGCGCCAUGUGCAAACGCUCAACACCGGUGGCCACUUCGAGUGGGUCGACUCGAAGAUAGUAAAGUGUAUCCGCAACGGCCAACACAUUUGCCUCGAGCACGUGAAUCUGUGUUCGUCGGCGGUACUCGAUCGACUAAAUCCCGUGUUUGAACCGAACGGGGUGUUGCUGAUUUCCGAAAAGGGAUCCCUAACGUCGCCGGACGGUGAAGAGGGUUCGACGGAAAUCGUUCGACGGCACCACCACUUCCAGGCGUUUCUUACGCUGGACCCGAAGAAUGGUGAAAUCUCGCGAGCGAUGCGCAACCGGUGUGUGGAACUUGCGUUUGUCAGUCGCGAUGCGUAUGGCGCAGACGAUCUGCGAAAGCUCGUCUUUGCCGGUGGCAUCCGUGAACCGUAUCUGAUCGAAGCGUGCUUAAACAUCCACAACGAACUGCGCGGAGGCGAAGGCGGGCAACCGGAUCAGUUCUGUCCGUUUGGUGUGGCACACCUGGUGCGGCUGGCGCAGCUCGUAGCACAGAACGUGCGCAAACAGGGCACCGACCGCAGUAUCGAGUGCCUCAAGCUAAGUGCCGUCGACGUUUACGUGCGAUCGUCCAACGUGGAUCUGCUCGGGUUCGGACUGGACUACUAUCGGAAGUCGCUGAAGGAAGCGAUCGAUAAGGUGAUCGAUGCGAUCGUAGCGCGUAAAAGUGUGGUGCAGUUUGAAAAUGUAACCCUCCGGGCGAACGAUCUGACGAAAGUGACGCGCAUUAAGCUGCAGGCGGAACCGUUUCUCGCUCUGCUCCGUGGAUUUGCCGAAGGGAUCGAUGUGUCGCGAGUGCUGGCCGAUAUUUCGCAAGGUUUCGCUGCGAACGGUGUGACGGUGAGCGAAGGAACGCUAAAGUUCCUGCUUUAUUUCCUUUACGAAGUGAGCACUUUGGAUGAUAUAGAGAUGCGGGCAGCUUACCUACGUAAAGCCAUUGGCCAUGUGCGGGUUGGCAGUGAGAAAAACACCCAGCAGACAGUUGCUGUAGCUGGCGAGACAAUGCAAGUGGACAUUGAGGAGGUGAACGGUGAUGGUCAACUUUGGAACAGUACUCCGUCGGAAUUCCGUAUCAAUUCCAAAACACACAGCAUAAAAGUGAAUCCCGAACAUGAAGAAGACCAGAACAUCAAUCAUAAAUCGGACAUGGGUGCCGUUCUUCAAGAGGUGUCCGAGUUGAAUAAAGUCCUGUACAACAUUAUAAGACAGCUACCACCUCGAGACUCAGGGGGGCACGGUAACGAUCUACCCUGGAGUCGCACACUAUUCCCACGAAUUCGGGACUAUUCGAUAGCCACCGUCGGUGUAGACUAUCGGAAAGUGAGUUCUCAUUUGCUGCUCCACACCAUUCUCGAUCCGGUAAGGGUCGAGCUGGUGACAAAGCUUAGUCAGAUCGAUUUGCUGUCCUACUCGAAGGCCGUCAAAGAGCGGCUGAUCAACGAUGGAAUCGGCAACGGAUUGUUGUUGAUGCUGUACGAUUUUCUGACCACCUACAGCCAACGGGCGGAGCGCACGUUGAACGAACUGACGAUGGACGACGAACUGUACGUUCGGCUUAUCCUCUUCAAUCUGUGGGUGAACCGAUUGAUUGACCUGUCGCACCGCAAACUGUACGAAAAUAAGCAACUGAAGGCGGGACUGCUCGACAACUUAACGCUCCACUUCCAGUGGAUCGAGAAACACGGUGUCCGCUUGAUCGGGAAUGCGUCCGGUGUGAGCGACUCCGAGUUGCGGGAAGCACUACGCCAGUCGCUAACCGAACUGAGCCAUCCGUUAACGAUGGUUCGAAAGGCGUACAGCAAAGCAUGCUUGGAAUACUUGCCCCUUUACAGUGCGGCUCAAGUGAAGGAGUACGCAAAACUAAUCGAACUAGGCGAUGCAUUGCGACUGACACCGGUACUAAGCAAACGGCACGCGUACGAAGAGUUCCUGCACCGCGUGGCAUUGCAACAGGAUUAUCGGACGAUUGAUUUCAAGCGGUCGUUGCUGGCCACCAUCAGCAAACGAUGGUCUACCCGUGUGGUUGACACCGAUGUGACCAUAGCAACGGAAGCAGUCCCAGAAAUGGCGGGCGCAGAGUGGUUGAACAAAUUUGGCCGCCUAGCAACGAAUCGUAGUACACUGGCUACCGAAAGCUGCGAGCAGGAGGUGACCGAUGCGAUUGAAUCAUUCCAGGACACCAUUAAGCUACUUCCUCGUCCGGAAUCCCUUCCUACGAGGGCGUGUAAAUUCGAACUCGAAUGCCUACCGGUGUUUGAGUACUUCGUGUUCAAAGCAUUGAAUGCGGCCAAGGACCCCUGCGCACUGGAAACUACGCCAAUCCGUAUGGAUUAUGUGCUAAACGUACGCUCGCUGGGAAUCGAUGUGCUAACGGCGAUCAGGAAGGUAGUCGAAAGCGAUCACAAGGUUGCCCUCCGGGCGUACAACGAGCUUCUCGCGUUGAUUAAUGAGGGAUCGCUGGAGGAACUGCUUGCCAGAGUGCCUGGUCAGUUGUACUGUGGUCUAAGCACCUACUGGCAUCAGUUUGUCAGUGUUUUGGAGCGGCUAGAAAUGGAUUCGCUUGCGGUGCAGCGUGACAUAUGUCACGGGUUUGAAACAGCAGCCUCGUACAAAGAGUGCUCUGAGGCGGAUGAUACGACGACUGCUCGUUGCUUCCGAGGUGCACUUUUAACGUUCAACAGUUUGGCCGUUCUGUUAAACCCAAACGGGGGCGCAUUCCGUGUGACCGGCUUUGGAGAAUUGCCCGACUGGCGACGUACACUGCGCACGAUCGGUACGCUGCUGUGGAGCAACUCGGCCGCACUGUCGGAAUCGUAUCGGAUCGAAACGGCAAAUCUCCGGACCGCAAACGCCAUAGCGGGGAAGCUUAUCCGAGAACUGGAUCUAAUAGUGGGCCAAACUUUGAGCGGCGAAAUGCACCCGUUUGUGAAGGACUUCUUGUCACUGGAGAGUAUGCUUCGUCAAUGCCAUUUACAACAGGGCGAGACCAACGAGGAUGAUCGUGAUCGGAACUGGCGUGCGGCUUCUAUGCUGCGAGCGCUUACGGGAAUUCUUGAGCUAAAUGUGUACGUAUUUUUGCCGCUUCUUGACCCGGUGGAAAAGAACCGGCUAAAGAAGCGCUACCUGACGGAGGAUAUCGACCUGCUGCGGACGCUGCUCGUCACUUAUGAUUGCAUGGCCAUAACCACGAACUAUCAGCGGCUGGGUGAACACAAUCGGCGUCUGUUUGGUGACGAGAUCGAACGACUCACCGGCAAACGGCAACAGCUUACACGCAAAGUCGCAAUCCGACCGGCGGAUGGUAACAUGUACGCAGAAUUGGUUCGCGAUGUCAACAACUUCCUGCUGUCCUGCUGCCAUCCGGCAACGAUCGGAACGUUGCUGAAAUCGACCAAUCAGUGUUUGGACUACGAACUAAAUAUGCACAACCCUUCGGUUAAUGCCAGCCACACACAAGCAUUCCUACAGAAGGUAUCCGAGCUGGUAAAGCAGAUCGAUCUGUGGAUUGACAUUUCGAAGCAGUUCGAACAACGCACACUGAAACGAUACGAUGCGUAUUAUCGCGAUUUUCUGGCACCGCUCUGCAACUCGAUCGUCACACUCCGGUAUGGACUAGAUGGGCUACGACAUUGUCUGAUCGCACGAGUGGUAACGAUCGACCAGAAACCGAACGGUCGGUACUACGAUCUGAACGAGGAUCGCGCGCUGCGAAAGAUGCUGGUGAAGUUCGUUCAGUUCCCGUGCACGAAGCCGCUCGAACUGUUUGACGAUCGGCACAAGGUGAACAUCUACUCGGUAGUGGAGAAGCUGGCCCACCCGGAGCAGUCCUACUUCCGGCUGUUGAAGGCCCGCCUGCAGGAGGUAUCGAAUCGGAUCCACAUCGAACGCUACAUCGGCGAAGGGUCGUUUUCGGAGCUCGAUCGCAUCGUUAACGUUUGCAAUCAGGUGUGGCAAAAGCAGGAGCACCUGCGCCGUAAGCGGCAGGCCGAGGAGGACAGCCUGUACCUUACCAAGUCACACUGCGAGGAGGAAGCGGAAGAUGUGGUGGCACAGCGCGAGAUUCUCGAGAUGUUCCCGAACUACGUGGAUGCAGAUUUUGCCGACUUCAUCCAGAACGAUACACUCGAGCAGGUGAUCAAGGUGCCGGAGAAGAAAGCGAAAGCGGCGGACACGAUCGGGGACGACGAUUAUGCGUUGAUCUGCGAGAGUUUCAUCGAGCUGAUGGCGAAACAUUCGCGAUCGUCCCACUAUCACCCGCAGCUGCGAUCGAUCGAAGCCAGUUCGUGGUUGCAGUUAGAUUUCGUCAAACCGUUCCAAACGAAACUGAGCAUCUUUUGGCAGCUCGCGCAAAAGUACGAACCGACCAUUGGGGGCGAGUUCGACGAGGUGGCUUACGGGGCGCUCAGUUUGGCCGUGGGUCUGCUGCAGGAAAAGUACGAUGAUCAGCAAGAAGUGGGUCGCGUUGAGCGCAGAGGAAAGGGUAUCCCUGCACUGACGAGCUACAAUUUCUACACCGAACCGAACAUUCCGGAGGUGCUGCAGUGUGUGACCGUGCUGGCAAAGGUUGGGGCACGGACCGGUGAGCUACUGAACGAGUGGCCCGACCAUGCCGUGCUGAAGGACAUUCUCUUGAUCAUCGAGCGCAUCGAGGCUUUACCGGCAACGGCACCGAUCGUACGGUUUAGCACCGGGUUGCAGUUGCUUCGUCAGAAGCUGGACGAGUGGAACGCAGUCGCCCACAAGGGCAACAAUGUCCGCGAGCUAGAGGGCGAAGUGGUCGAGUACAUCCACCGGUGGAUGCGCAUGGAGUUGCAGUACUGGCGCGAGUGCAUGUCGCGUACCCUGGAGCGCGUUCGCUCGAAGGCCUACCGCUACUGGUUCUUCCUGUACAAUCUGCUCCACGAGUACCUACAGCACGGAGCUACACGCGGGGGACGACUGAGCACCUUGUUGGACUACCAAAAGGUGGAGAAAUGUUACGGCGAGCAGGAGUUGCUGGACGAAGAAGAACCACGGGAAGGAGCGGACCCAGCGGCAGCCGGCGGCGUUACGAUCGAGGACAUUAUCAAGGUGUUGAAGCAGUUUGUGGAAUCUUCCAACUACGCCGAGUAUGGGACGCGACUGCGUGUGAUGAAAUCGUUCGAACAGUAUCUUUCCUAUCUAGCGCCAGCAGGACAGGAUCGGCUCGAGCGGGCGAAGCGCGACACGUUGAUAGCUGCGCUUUACAAUGUGCACCUGUACUUCCACCAGUUUACGCCCGAAAUCGAGGAGCACAUUCGUGCGGUGCGCGUACCGAUCGAGAAGAAGCUGAAGGAGUUCGUGAAGAUCGAAUCGUUCAACAAGGAUCUCUCGUACUUUAGCAUGCGCAACAACAUUGCGCGCGUACACCGGCAGCUGCACAAGUUCCUGAAGGAGUUCGAAACGGAACUUGUGGCCCGGGUCGGGCCCGUCUUCUGCCCGAAGGAUCCGGCACGCGAACUGAACGAUGCCGACGAGCAGAAGGUGAAAGUGUUGCGAUCGGAGGCGAAGAUCACCUACUACAUGGUGGACGUUAAGAGUUUUAUGGCACCGCGCAAGCUGCGGGAUCAAUUUUCCGUUACGUCGAUCGACGACCCCAAAGAGGCGGACACGAGUGGCUCAAGCCAAGGUGGGUACGCGCAGUUGUUCCAGAAAAUAGAUCGCUUCUUUUUGACGGCACGCAAUGUGUGCCGGGAGGCGGUGUUACACGCUCCGUUCCCCACGCUAGUGUACAGUUUGGACACGUUCAUGCACGAACAGAUCGAUACGAUCGAGUAUCUACGCGGCCUGGAGGUCGAUCGGUCGCAAGCGCGUCCGAAGCAAAAGUCCCAAGCGAAGCAAAUCCUCAACCAGAAGCGGAAAGCUUUGUCGGACUUUUAUAAAACUCUAACCCAGCUUGGGUUGAGCUAUCGAUCGGGACUACUGGAGACGGCAAUCGGUGGCAGUGAUCCGGUCGAUGCGACGAUCACACCGUUCAGUCUGGAGCUCCUUACGCACGACUCAAAGUACCGCAAAGUUGAUCAGCACAUCGUGUUUCUGAACGACAAACUGAAUCUGUACUACGCCAAGUGUGUGUUCAAGGUGAAGCUGUUGGCGAAGGUGAUGCUGCAACCGGACGCCGACAUUGCUGGUCCCAUUAACGUCGAUCGGAUCAAAGGAUUCUCGAUCGAUAUGUUCCUUUUGGUACAGAACCAACGCCGAGCGCUAUCCGAGCUGGUGGCCAACGUGUCCCGAUUGCGCGGUCUCAUAGCGGAUCUGUAUCAACUGAACGCCUGUCUAGGAGGUGAUCGAUCGCAGCCACAGGCACUUUGCUUCCGACAGAAUCGACACCGGUUGGCCAUGAUCGGACAGUGUGCGCUGGAUGUGCGGAUUGUGCUGGAACAAUUCCAGCUUCUACUAGCAUCGGCACCGAAGCAAUCGCCCGAGGAACUGCAGUUGUUCGAGGGCAAUGAGACGGGAUGUUACUCUCGUAGCUCGAUCGAAUUCGGUACGAUCGAGAACCUCUGCCAAGGUGCCCUUCGGCAGGCGGUCGAACUGAACAAUGAGAUGGCAAAGGUGAUCGACGAAACGUACUGUCACAGCGAUCGUGUCGAGGUGUUCGAAGCGAAGUUAGCCAACAUCCGAUCCCAGUUGGAAGUGCUGCGCGAUUCGUUUAGUUUGGGUACGAACCAGAGCACCCCGAGCUACUCGGUGUACGCCCGGUCGAUUGUGGAGCUUUUAGAUCGGUUUGAGCGCCACACUCGGGAGGCAUCGGAAAACACCUUCACCAGCGAGUGUCCCCCUCAGGAUGAGGAAAGCAUUAACAAUGAAAUCGAGAACAUAAUCCACUCGGUGUUGCUCGCAAUGCAAACGAUCUACAAGAAGUACUCCCAGAAGGAAGAACCGUUAUCGGUGGAAGAGAAGAAGGACCCGGAACCCGGAAUGCUCGAGGGCGGAAAUCCUGCCGAAACAGAGGAAGAAGAUCAGUCGCACUACGAUCUACAGGAGCAACAUUUGAAACAAAAGAUCGAUGCCGAUCUUCGGUGUGAUCUCAGUACGCUAAACAUCCCGAAAGUGGUGAGCAAACUUGGUGGUCUUUUAGGGCAACUGGACAACCUAGGCGACUCCGGCGCGUUGCGUGCUCUGGUGGGAAAGCUUACCCGGCUUGUGCCGAUGCUGGAACAGUUCAAUCUCCUCGCCGAGUACUACCUCAUACAGCAGCUGGGGGCCCACAAAAUAUGCACCAAGAUGCUGUCGGCAAUGUUGACCGUUUUCAUCGAGCUAGCGACGAAAGGAUUCUGUGUGCCGAAGGAUCUGCUGGGGGAUGAGCAGCAGGAUCAGGACGGCGAGCGGCAGGACGAUGGCGGCGAUACGGGCGAGAAGUUUGGCUUCGAAGACGGCGAAGGGGACAAGGAUGCGUCGCAUAAGAUCGAGAGUGAAGACCAGCUGGAAGAUGCGCGGAAAGCGGGCGAAGAAAAGGAUCGUCAGGACGAAGAGAAAGACAACAAGGAAGAAAAAGGGAUCGAUAUGAGCGAAGACUUUGAUUCGAAGCUGCAGGAUCUGGAAAAGAAGGAAGGCUCGGACUCGGACUCGGAAGAAGACAAGGACGAUGAAGACAUUGAUAAGCAGAUGGGUGAAACGGAGGAAGGAGCGGAAAAGUUGGACGAACAGAUUUGGGGUGACGAUGAGGAGCAGCCGGAGGAAGAGGAGAACGAUAACAGCAUGGAAGAAGAAGAUGGCACGGGGUCCAACGAAAAGGACGAUCGGCACAACGAUCUGAACGCUUCGGAGAAGGAUAAACAGCAGCCGGGGGAAAACGGCCAGGAAGACGACGGAAUGGAUGCCAUCGAUCAGUCGACGGAAACGGAUGAUAAGAGGAAGCAGAAGCCAAAGGACAUUAAUGAUAUGAAAAAUCAGGACGGUGAAGAAGAGGUAGAGCAGGAAAAUCCGCACCACAACGAGCUGGAGGAACCUCCGCAGCCCGAGGAGUUGGACUUGGACGCAGAGUUCAAGCUGGAUGGCGACAACCAGCCGCAGGACGAUGGCAAAGAACAGGAGAACCCGUUCGAUAUUGAUGCUAUGAAGGAAAAGAUGGACGUGGAAGAGGAGCAGAAACCCGGUGAAGAGGAGCAAGACGGUGAUGAGGAAGGAAAAACGGAUCAACCGGAAAACGGAGCCGAUUCGUCGGAGGAUGAAAACGACCCAACGAACCCGGACGGUACGGAACAGCUGGCCGAAGAACCGGAACCUGAGCCGGAUACGAACGAUGAGCAACCGAAGGAACGCGUUCCCGAUGAGGCACCAAAAGAGGACGAUAAGUCGGGGGCUGAAGAGCAGGAUGAGCAGAAGGAUGAACCCAAAGAGGGUGCGGAUCAGAGGGACGAACGUCAUCGGGAGGCGCGUGACAGGCGUACCGAAGAGGAUCGCGUCGAAGCGAUGCCGGAUGCGGAGAACAAGGGAACCAGCGAUCAGGUGGCAAACGAUAAGCCCGAGGCACGGCAGGAGCACGAGCUGGACGAACAGGACACGGGCGAGGAUCGCGAUGGAACCGGGCAGGCUGAAAAUGAGCAAUCGGAGACGGGUCACAGGGGUAUUGCGGAGUCGAAGGAAACUCGAACCCGGCGGGAUGAGCGACGCGAGCAACAAGAACAGCCGAAACAGGAGCAACGCCACAAGCAGGGUAACACCGACGAAGAUCGUUCGCUGGGUGAUCCGGAUCAGGCGGAAAAGAAGCGCUUGAAAACGGUCGAUCAACUGAACCGUGAAGAGCGCAAGCAGAAGGAGCAACUCGAAGAGGACGCUGAACAGGCCACCGAGGAUGAGUUUCAGCAUGUCAAAGACGCGAAAGAUACGGACAAAACCACGAUGGAUAAUGCGACCGAGGAACAGUCGAAGCAAGUACGACAUCAGAAAGAUCAGGAAGAGGGUAAGGAGAACAGGGAGGACACCGGAGAGGAGGGGUGCGCCGAUCAGCUGAUGGAAGUGGAGGAAGAUCACCCUCCGGAAGAGCUAGAAGAAAGGGAAUUGUUGGAAAGCGAAAAGAACGAAAACAAGAGCGACAAACCGGCCAAGAAGGACGAACAUCCGGCAAAGGAACGGAUGGAAACGGUCGAAAAUGUCGAAGUUGAAGGUGAAAUUGUUCCUACCGCGACGGUGGCACGCAGUGACGAGACCGUGGCGCACACGAUCUUUGAAAUAUUGCACGACGUAACCCUUCCGGAUGAGCCAACCACAACCGAAUCGUUGGAGAUGCGCAAAAUGGUGGAAGCGGAAAUGCAAAAACCGGUCCCAUUGAACGCCGCCGACCACGAAGCGUUCGAACGGUGGCAGCAAAUUUCGCACAAGAUGCUACCGAGCGCACGCGAUCUGUGCGAGCAACUGCGGCUCAUCCUGGAACCGACCAAGUGCACCCGGCUAAAGGGUGACUACCGGACGGGGCGCCGCAUUAACAUGAAGAAGAUCAUUCCCUACAUUGCGUCACAGUUCCGGAAGGACAAGAUUUGGUUGCGCCGAACGAAGGCUGCCCAGCGGGACUACAAGAUUACGAUCGCGAUCGACGAUUCCAAGUCGAUGGACCACAACAAUUCGAAGGAUCUAACAAUGCAGGCCAUAUCGCUCGUGUCGCAGGCGCUCACGCUGCUCGAGAGCGGCCGGCUGAACGUGAUGUCGUUCGGUGAGAAGCCUCGGAUACUGUUGAAACAUUCCGAUCAGUUUGAUGGACCCAAGCUGCUCGGUGCACUGAACUUUGAUCAGAACCAGAGUCGCAUAGCGGAGCUGCUAAAGUUUGUGCGCACAUUCAGUGCGGAAGACUCUGCUUCGGGCGAUAGUGGCCUGUUUGAGCACUUGCUGCUUGUGCUGAGUGAUGGCCGGAACAUCUACAGCGAGGGCGAGAAAGUGGUAAAGGAUGCGGUGAAGUUGGCGCGACUUCAGCGAAUCUUUAUCGUGUACAUCAUUAUUGAUAAUCCAGAUAAUAAGCAUUCGAUUAUGGACGUUAGAGUGCCGCUGUUUACGGUCGACUGUGCACAGAUUGUGAUGCAGUCGUACCUCGAUGUCUUCCCGUUUCCGUAUUAUGUGAUAGUGCGGGAUCUGGGCCAGCUACCGGUGGUGCUGAGUGACGCAAUGCGCCAAUGGUUUGAGUUAGUAAAUAGUGAACAGUAAAGCAGUGAAGGGUAGUG